AUGAUUCUACUUUAUCUAUUUUGUCUAAUUCCAAUUCUGUGUCAAUGUCAACAAUACAAUCUUCUUUUACCUGGUCAUCCACCCUUCACCACGCGUAUAAUAGGCAAUAAAGAAAUUGUUCGAGAAAAUCAUCCAUUUAUGGGAACAUUUUCUAAAAUUAGUAUAAACGGUGUAUUCAAUGUUCAGUUAAUAUAUAAUGAUGAUGAAAAUGAUAAUACAACAUUUGUUGAAAUUGAAACUGAUAAAAAUUUACAACAAUUUGUUCUUGUUGAAAUUCAAACUAGUGAUACACUUAUUAUACGUAUGAAAAAUGAGAUGAAUUAUAACACAAAUAAUAUUCAUUCAACUAAUAUGACUGUCUAUAUCAAAUAUAAAUAUUUAAAACAAUUAGAUAUUAAUGGAUUAGUUAAUUUAGAAUGUUUGAAUCAAAUACAAACAGAACAAUUUAUAUUUCAUAAUAAAGGAACGGGUAGUGUUAAAUUAAAAUUAAAUGUUAAUUAUUUUGAUGCCUUUUUACAUUCAAUUGGACCAGUCAAAUUUUGUGGACAAAUUAAUGAUGAAGCAACAUUAACCUAUAUUGGUGUUGGUGAUAUUGAUUGUUCAAAUUUAAUGACAAAAAAGAUAAAUGUUAUUAGUAGUGGAAUAGGAAAUGUACAUGUUGUAGCAGCUGAUGAAAUUAAUGUUACACUAAGUGGUA